AUUAGCAUACAUUAGCGGCGGCAGGGCAGGUGCAGCAGCGGCAGGCAGCGAGGAGACAGCAGCAGCAGCAUUGGGAAGGCACUGCUACUACACCAUGGCUUCCGGACACACACUGCUGUCACCGGCGCACGGCUGCGUUGUCCUGGGGAUCGCUCUGCUCUGCACUGCGGGGACAGUUCUCUGUCAGGAGGUGCAAGCUGAGAACGUGACAGUCGUAGAGGGGGGCACAGCGGAGAUCAGCUGCCGGUUACACCAGUAUGAUGGUUCCAUCGUGGUGAUCCAGAAUCCUUCUCGCCAAACCCUCUUCUUUAAUGGCACACGGGCUCUAAAGGACGAGAGGUUCCAGCUCGUGGAGUUUACACCGAAACUGGUCAAGAUCCAUUUAUCCAAUGCAAAGUUGGAGGAUGAAGGUGGUUACUUCUGCCAGCUGUAUACAGAAGACACCCACCACCAGAUCGCCACACUCACUGUUCUCGUUCCCCCAGAAAACCCAGUGGUAGAAGUAAGGGAGCAGGCGGUGGAGGGGGGGCAGGUGGAGCUCAUCUGCUCGGCACCCCGGACGAAACCUGAAGCGACACUGCGCUGGUACCGAGACCGCAGGGAACUGAAAGGAGUCACCAGCAAACAGGAAAAUAUAAAGACUUUCAGCAUCACAAACAGCAUCCAGUUCCCGGUGGAACGGAGGGAUAACGGGGAGAUAGUCACCUGCGAGGCCUCACACCCCGCCCUAAAGGGUCAGAAGAAGCAGACGCAAUAUGUGUUAGAUGUUCAGUUUUCCCCGACAGCCCGCAUACAAGCCUCCCCGGGCCUAGUGAGAGAAGGAGACCUGCUUACUCUGAAAUGUGACGUAACUGGGAACCCCAGGCCGUCUGAGAUCAUCUGGAGCCGCCUUAAUGACUCCUUACCAGAGCGGACACAGAUCCAGGGUGAUCUACUGAACUUCCCCUCACUCAGCCUCCAGGACAACGGCACCUACAGCUGCCAGGUCUCCAACAAGCACGGUCGCUCCUCCGACCAGUACGUGCUGGUGGUGUAUGAUCCUGGAGCGAUUAUUGAGGCUCAGACUCAGGUUCCCUAUGCGAUCAUAGGUGGGAUAUUGGCGCUUCUGGUCUUCCUCGUUAUCUGUGUCCUCAUUGUCAUGGUCUGGUGCUCCGUGCGGCAAAAAGGUUCCUACCUGACUCACGAAGCCAGCGGCUUGGAUGAACACGGAGAAGCUAGGGAGGCUUUUCUAAACGGAGGCGAGAACCACAAGCGGAAGGAGGAAUUUUUUAUUUAAAAAAAAAAGACACAUGGAGGAAGAAGAAAAAAAAAUCCCAACACAGUAUUAAUAACCUGAUUUUUUUUUUUACAUUUUAUUUUCUUUUUCUUUACCUUUUGCGGGUGGGCAAUGGGAGGAGUUGAGGAAGUGGGGUAGUGAGAAGGUGUAUAGAGUUGAUAGAGGGGGAAAACGUACUCGCUUCUCUGUUGCAAGAGUAUCAGCAAUCGUGGCAGUUGCUGAACCCUUUGCGGCGCAGGGGGCGGGGCAGUGAUCUGGCUUUAGAACUUGCUUAACUGACCGUGGGGGAUGUGAGACAAGUAGCGGGCAACGAUUAUGAUUUGACAUCCGUUCUGUUCAGGGUAUUUAUGGAUCUCUGAAUCUUCUUUAAUGGACGGAAAAAAAAGAACAAAAAACGGUAUAUUUGUGGUUGGACGCUCGCAGCAGAGCAUUUGUGCACUUAAGGGUGAAAUGAGAGGUGACCAUGAUGCAUAGCUCUGGGGGAGACCUUUGCGUGAAUAUACCUAUAUCUCAACCCAUCAACCAUUGUAGGACGUCACCCGUAGUCUCUAAACCUGUAGCAAGGGUGGCAGGAGGCGAGAUUCUGUCGCUAAGGAAUACAGAGUCUGUUGCAUCUUACGACACAGGGCCUAGUACGGUUAUUGAUGUACAGCUGGCAAUGCCAGGCCUGGGAGCCCUUCCCUCUCAUUUGCAAAGGCGAAAGCCUGGCACCUCUAGGACGAUACAGUUCCCAGGAAGGGCUAUGGUUAUAGAGCAGUACUCCUGGUAAUAGCUUGGAUGAAAAGUGAGCUGGGCAGGACGAACGCUCAGAGAUUUGUGCCAGCACAGGCUGAGUAUUAAGAGCGUGACGUUUGUUUAAUCACCUUAAUUAGGCAGAAAUCAGCACGGCUCAGAGUCUCCAGUGAGGAGGGGAGUGCUGCGGGGAGACGGAAUGAAGCCAUAAGUCACAGGUUUAAAAGGGAGAACGAGAGUAAUUCGAGGAACUGAUUGAGGCAUUAUAAGCACUGCGAGGAAACCAGUUACUAGCCACUUAUGUUUGCUGAAAACACUCCUGCCCCACGUAGGGAACUUUUCACAAUCAACGUGCACAAGUAUUUGUCUGCAACUUUUAAAACAUGCAUUAUACAUUAAUUGGUUACGCUAAUUAGUUGCCAUCUACUUUUAGACACUAAUUGCAUCACUUCUGUCAAAAUAACUGCAGCAAUCAGCUGCUUACGGUAGCAAUCUUGCCGUUGCGGCGGAAUCUAGGUGACACCGCCAUGAUGGUGCCGGAGGAGCGCGUUACAGUAAUUAUAUGGGAGCACUGUGCAGAACCACUUCUGCUGUCUCAUCCAAAGCUGCAGCGUUUUCUUUUACCGGUUUUUCUUGCGCUGUGUCAGAAGCGAGAGAGCCCCUGUCCUGUUUGCUUUGGUAACCCCUUUGUCCGGUAGUUGAGAACAGAGCCAUUGUGUCGUACAUGUCACGUUCCAUGAGGAAAUAUAUUACAGGAUCAGGCAAAAGCACAUGCACAUUUGAGGAGGACUAUGUGUGAACAUCACGUUCAUCCAGGGCUGGAGUAAGGUGUAUGGGUGCCUUCUGGCCAACUGAACUUGUCAAUAAGAUAUGCUGUAUUAAAAAAUAGUCCCAGCAGUGUAAAUAGUCCCAGCGCCACAAAUUUGUUAAACACACUGUAGUGCCCCCCAUGCAGGUGAGGUAGCUCACCCCCAUGCAGCCAUUUUUUUUCUUCUUGCCAACAAUGAGAUAAAUCAGAAUAUUAAAUAACACCAGUGACAUAGCUUUGUUCAUAUUGUAGUGGCAGCUGAAGAGUUUACAAUCAGGAUGAGGCUGACUUGGGUAUCCUUUGUGGAAAUCAGCAAAUUAUGUCUGUAAAUAGCUGUAUCGGGCAACUCAUUUAAAUGGUGACGGAGCAUUGCUGAAGCAAUGGGAAGAGCUAGGAAAAGAAGACUUGAAAGAACAGUUUCCUGGGAAAUGGCUUUCCCUGAAGUCUGUUGUCCUGAAUAGGAGUGGCUUAUUUGCAUAAUGGUGACGCAUAAAUGGUGUGUUAGAAUGACAUCAUAAAUUUAAAGGGCCCAACAUGUAUCAGGCAACUCAUUUAAAUGGUUAUGCAGCAUUGAUGAAGCAAUGGAGAGAGACAGGGUUGUUUUGAAGCUACUUUGUAGGAAGAAGACUCGAAAGAACAGAUUCUUGGGAAAUGGCUUUCCCAGAAGGCUGUUGUCCUGAAUAGGAGUGGCUUAUUUGCACAAUGGUGACGCAUAAAUGGUCUUUUAAAGGGUAUGGGUCGUUGGGCCGACUCAAAUUAGGUCGACCAUGGAAGGUCGACAGGGGCAAUAGGUUGACAUGGUCAUUAGGUCGACAUGUACUAGGUCGACAGGUCAAAAGGUCGACAUUGGUUUUUGGACUUUUUUUUUUGUGUCGUUUUCUUUGUAAAGUGACGGGGAACCCCAAUUAGUGCACCGUGUUCGUUCGCCAUGCUUCGGGCACCGUUCCCAAUUGUAGUCCACGUGGAUCGUCAAGUAUGAAAAAGUCCAAAAAAGAAAAAAAAUUUGAAACUCUUGUCGACCUUAUAUAUGUCGACCUAAUGACUAUCAACCUAAGCUGUGUCGACCUAACGACCGUAUCCCCUUUUAAAAUAACAAAUUUAAAGGGUCCAACAUGUCAGGCAACAGACUCCGAUAUUCAGAAGCGAUGGGCUGUUUUAGCUAAUGAGAGAACCCCAAGGGCUCAUGAUCUACCCCAAUAAAUAAUUUCCCUAUCCAUGGCGCAUUUACAAUUAUUUAUAAUAAUUUUUAAUUAUAAUUACAGCGCUAAAUAUUGAUAUCUCAUAAUAUCUCAUAAUGGGAGGAGGAAAAUGAAGUGACUGCUGUAAUUCCAAAAAAACCUGUACUUUACACAAUGCUUGGCUUCUGUAAUAAAGGGAGGGGUCUUGACCCUAGUUCCGUGAGGAAGGACAGCAGGCACGAAAUAGGAGCUAGCUGUGAAAAUGGCAGUACUGUAGAAUUUUGUUUGCUCCCAUUUGUAAAAGUGCUUCAAAAUGGCCACCUGGUCAUGUAGUUUAAUUCCCUAUUUCAUGACUAUUGCUUUAUGAAUUCAUCUUAGCAGCUUUGGUGUAGGGUAUGUGGCUGUGCCACAAAACUGGAGACUUUGUGAUGCAAAAAUAGAGAAAAAAAAUUGUAUUAAAACCUCUUUAUGGCCCGGAUGUAAUGAUGCCCAAGUUCAGGGCCGUGCAGGAUACCAGCUGAUUGCCCCUUUAAAAAAUAAAUGUCCGAAUACGGCCGGCAUCCCCCACGGCUGCCGAACUUGGGACGCCGUUACAUCCGGCCCAUUGACCUUGUUCAUUUUUAUAGCUAUUAUUUUUUAAUAUAUUUAGUACAAAUUAUAAUAAGAAAAAAUGCUGGUAGAUCAGGUGUAGAAUAAUAUUUCAUAUUAUUUUCUGUGAAUUGCUAGAACAAGAUAGAAUUUUUUUUUUUUUUAGCAGGCUCAAGCAAUUAACCUUUGACUAGUGUAACAUGCUAGAGCUUGUAGUUCCACAGUUGCUUCCCACUAUACAGUAUUCUUUUUCUUUAAAUCUGACUGGCCUUCCUUAAGGUGAGAUGUUACAUUGAGGGAAAAAUCAUUGUGACUAGAGAGCCAAAGCCUCAAAUUACCUCAAAUGCACCCCCUUCAUAUUUGGACCCCAUGUAUCUGCCCAUCUCCCACAGCCCUAAUUGCAGCCAUGGGGCAAAAUAGGGCUGGGAUGAUACACGGUCUAGUCACAGUAUUAUGACCACCUACUACAUUUGACAUCCAUGAAGUGCGUCACGUGUCGUGCGCUGGCUUGGUGGGUAUAUAAGGUGUGCGAUAGGCCGUCUGCACACAUAUUACUCGUUCCUGUCAUGGGUAAAAGGGGCGAUUUACCAGAGUUGCAAAAAGGGAUGAUUAUCGGCUUUUGGGCCAAGGGUGGCAGUAUUUCUGACACAGUGCAGUUUGUGAACUGUUUGCGGUGUAUUGUGACUGGACGAAUGGCACCAUUGCGAAUAACAGACGUGGAAACUGCGGAGCACUGCGCGGCAUUGAUAUGAGGUGAACGUCGGCUACGAAAGUGCGUGAGGGCCGACUGACACACUACAGUGGAGCAGCUCACCAUCAAAAUGAACCUGGGGGCUACCAGACGUGUAUCUAAAACAGCAGUUCAGCGGACCCUUAGGCUCCGAAGUAAUCAGAAAGGUCACUGCACCUAGCUUGUGGUCAUAAUAAUGUGACUCGAUCAUGUUUAGUCAUAAAUUAUAUACCAAGGAUGGUAGUUUUUUUUUUUUCUAUUUUAGCUUCAAUUAAGUCUCAAAGGCUGUAGGCAGCCAUCUUAGUUCACUACGAGCUCGCCUCGUCAACGAGGCACAAGGACCAGGAGGCACUUAUUUUGAUGUCGCAGCCACUAGAGGCGACUUUAUUAAAAUGGUAAUAUUACCGCUAUAUUCUUAUAUAGAAAUAAGUCAGACAUUUCCCACUGUUAGUAAAUUAAUCAAAGCCGAUUUUAUAUUGGCUGCUAUACGCUGCAAUCCAACUUAUUUUAUACUGUAAUUCCAAUAUUUAAACGUCUUGGGGAUAAUGAUGAAAGCAUCUGGAGACAAACGUUGCGUUGUACAGUCUCGGCGUCAUGAAACGGAGGCUAUAUUCCACACAGGGCAUGAGUGUACUGGUCAGAUUACAUCCGUCAAAUUUAAUUUCUGACCCAAAUCAAGUGUUCCAUUUAUAGAAGCCCCACACAUUUACUUUAUCCCAAACAAAUGUUAUAGAAAUAUAUUGUAAAGUCAAGAAGAAUUGUUUUAGUGAUGGGAUACAGUGCAGGGUUAUGUCCAACAAACGGAAACAGAAUUCGAUCUCACUCCUUCUAUAUAAUUCAUGAUAUUUAUGAGACAGUUGGGAGCCAAUGACCUGCUUUGUAACACUGCUUCCUGUUUGACAGGAAGCCAUUAUUGACGGGGCUGUGUGUAUAUUGUCUGUAUUUUUCCAUUGGGGGCGGGGUGAAUGUGUUUCUUUUUUUUUCUUUGUGCCGUGUUAUUUUUCUGGUUCGUUUGAGUUUUUUUGGUUUUGUUUUGUUUUUUAAUUAUUAUUAUUAUUAUUAUUACACCCAAUUGUCUCUCUUGUUGUUUAUCGUUAACUGUAAAACCUUUAAAAAGCCAUGAACCUAGGGGGAAAUUAAUAUAUAAAUAUAUAUAUGUAAAUAAAAACUUAUAGCAUCAAAAGUCAAUUCUGGAGGCAGGAGCAGAGGGCGCUGCCAUGACAAGAGAAAUGGACGCACUCACCCACUUAACGUGUAUUGUGCCAUCUUUUUAUUUUUAUGUAUUGCUUUAGCUCUUCUGCUGUCUGUAGAACCACCCCCUCUCUCUCAGCAAAAGGGCUAAUUGCUUCAAAUAUCCGGCCUGAAAGCCAUAUAUUUUAAACAGCACAAUGCCCCGUUCCACAGAUCUAGAGAAAAAUAAAAAAGAAGUGGGAAAAGCUGCAACUUUUGGCGGGAAAACCAGAGAGACUUUUCUGUUCGUCUUUUUAUCGCCUGAGCUGAAAACUGUGUACAGUCUCAUUUAUUUUAAAUGUAUAUGGUCUCUCUGGUACUAAAAUACAAGUUGCUUUACUGUUUGGGAAAUGUGGACACUGAUCAUGAUGAUGGAGAGAGAGAGGCAGAGGGGGAUAUUCCUAGUAUUUGUUGCGUGGGGGAUGGUGAAGUUGAGGGGGCUUUGUAUAUUUUUUUUACCCCUUCAUGCCCCCUCUUUCCUCUCUCCUUCACUCCCUGGUCCAUUUUUCUGUCAUCUCACAGCCUGUCCGGAGCACCAAUUUUGUACACAAUGUACCAAAAAGAAAAAAAAAAGAAAAACACAACAGUUGAAAAGAGCGGACAGAUUAAAACAAACUAAUAUGAAAACCGAAAAAAAAAUAAUAAUAAUAAAGUUCAUGUUUAGUUA